AGCGCUCUCUCUCCCUCUCUCUCUCUCUCUCUCUCUCUCUCUAGAAGAACUCACUUGUCUAAGUUGUUCGGUUCAGUAAGAUCAAAACCCUCUUUUUUGCUUUUGGGUAUGCAGUAAUUUGCAGAGGUGUUGCUUAAACUGGAGGUUGGCGGAGCCUGAGAACAUAGAUGAAAUCUUGGUGUGGGGUGUAUAAGAGAGCCGAAGAAGAACAGGAAAGAAAUGACGUGGCAAACGGAAGAUGCAAGAGCCAUAAUCCCACCUACUAGUAACCCUAGAGAUGAUGACGAUAAGGAUGAUGAUAACAGUCUUCUUCCCACCAUGACAUGCCCUUCAUGUGGCCACAGCUUCCCAUUAUUUGAUCAGAGGGGGAUUGUUCAUGAUUUGGUGGGACUACCAGCAGGGGUGAAGUUUGAUCCGACUGACCAAGAAAUCUUGGAGCAUUUGGAGUUGAAGAUAAUGGGGGAUGUGAGGAAGAUUCAUUUUCUCAUUGAUCAGUUCAUUCCCACAUUGGAAGGAGAUGAAGGAAUUUGUUAUACUCACCCAGAGAGACUUCCAGGAGUAAGCAAAGACGGACAAAUCCGCCACUUCUUCCACCGGCCUUCGAAGGCAUAUGCCACUGGGACUAGGAAACGGCGCAGAGUGGAGAAGAACGUGGAUGGGAGCGAGACAAGGUGGCACAAGACGGGCAAGACGAGGCCAGUCCUCGCAGGCGGAGCCGUGAAAGGGUUCAAGAAGAUACUUGUCCUGUACACCAAUUAUGGGAGGCAAAGGAAGGCUGAGAAGACCAACUGGGUGAUGCACCAGUACCACCUCGGCAAAAACGAAGAGGAGACAGAUGGAGAGCUGGUCGUGUCCAAGGUGUUCUACCAAACGCAGCCUAGGCAACCCAAUUCGACGACCCUCAAAGAUCUGAACGACGCGACAGCGAAGAGUGCUCCAAGCCUGCAUGAGAACGUUCAUGUACCUGGGAGCUCCAUUGAUGCGAUUGAGUAUUAUAUUAACCCACCUUGCAGUGUUUCUUACGACCAGCUAAUUGUUCCUAACUUUGCCGUUCAAGGCGAGGCGGCUUCUUUGUUCCCGCUAACGGAAGAUUCGAGCGACGGAAAGCUCGUAAAAUAUCAAUAGAUGAAUUGGGGGUGAUAGUGUUUCUUAUGGGUGGCAGUAAAAACCCUAGCAUUUUUAGUUUGGGAGUAAAUUUG